AGGGCAUGUGCUGAUAGUGACAUGUGCCUCCCUUGUUUUCUCUUCGUUGGUGCAAUCUGCAGGAAGGGGCUGGCUCCUUGUCCCUGCCAAGCCAUCAUACAGAAUAGGAGUGCCUGUGGCAGGGGCUAUCUGGCUGCAAAGAAACAAAACUUCUGACAAAAUUGUUGUGUUUUAAAGAAGGAUCCUGAGGGUGUCACUUGUAAGGAACAAAGGAGUCUUGGAUAAUGUCCGCGCUUCUCCAGGUAACUAAAAGAAUGUAGCUCCCAAUAAAUAAAUGAAAGACUUCACUGCAUAAGGAAUGUUUCACAAGAUGUCUAGCAAUGAAAUGGAGUUUGGCCUUCUCUGAUGGAUUAAACUUGAUGGAACAGAAGUGCAGCCAUUCGAUCAGGAGGAGGUGAUGUCUUGCUUUAGGUCUGCUAAAACUGACAAACCACUUGAGACUUCAGAGGAGAUAAAAGAAGAAAUAGAAGGGGAGAUCCAUUGUCGUUUUCUGGAAACAGCUCCAAGACCUUCAUUUAUGUCUCACUUGACAUACAGUGAAAUAUCCUUGGAACUUACCAAAGUUAUUGGCCAGCUGUAUGUUGAUGGAGAGCCUGAGGAAAACCAGCUGGAUGGAGAAUUAUUAUAUUCCUCAAAUUACAAAGCCACAGACAAUCCAGCCCAGCCCCCUUCCCAGUUUCUUCCUAGACCAAACUCUGACAAGAAACUGGGCAGAGCUCCUGAAACCAUUCAAUUAAUACACAGGUUAAAUUCUUGCACAUGUUCACAUUUAAGAUCUUCACGGCACAGGAUUAACUCCAAAAUUCAGAUUGGCCAGGUGACAAACAUAGAAGCUUCUUUGCCAGAAGAUCAAGAGGAGGAGGAGGAGGAAGAUGUUUUCACAGAGCUACCAAUGCGCGGGACAGCUCUGGAGAGCCUGGACAAAACGUGCAUUUCUCAGACGAAACGAAACAGAGAUGGUCACAUCAGUAAUAAAGGUGCCUUCACAGUCAUUGCUGGCAACAAUCCCACAGAGAAGGAACUGAAAGAGCGCAAAAUGCAUCAGCGGGUAAGACAACAUGAUUUCAUGCUAUAAGGCAGAGAUGGUGAUGAUGGGGAAACACAGUCUGAAUUCCUCCUACUGAUUCCUGUAACGUGUAACAGGAGAGUACCAUCAAAGCCCCUGCCGAUAUUCAUUCUAGGGGAAGAAAGGAUUAAAAUGUUGUU